ACUCACUAAUCAAAGCAGCGAACUACAACUAAUUACUUUUCUCUAAAGUUCAAUCACUUUUAGUGUGUAAAAAUGGUUCGAAAAAUCUUUGUUGCAUCAUUCUUAGUUGCAUUUUUUGUCCUAGCUUGUACUGUUGAGGGUCGUAACAUGCUAGAGAGCAUUGUUGAAGAUGACAAUUCCAUUGGAACUAAAUGGGCUGUGUUGGUAGCUGGAUCAAAAGAUUAUUAUAACUACAGACACCAGGCUAAUGUAUGCCAUGCUUAUCAACUACUGAAGAAAGGAGGUCUAAAAGAUGAAAACAUCAUUGUAUUCAUGUACGAUGACAUUGCUUAUCAUCCUGAAAACCCUAGACCGGGAGUUAUCAUAAAUAGCCCCCAUGGCCAUGAUGUGUAUGAAGGAGUACCCAAGGACUACACAGGAGAAGAUUGUAAUGCUGACAACUUUUAUGCUGUUAUCUUGGGAAAUAAGAGUGCUCUAACUGGGGGUAGUGGGAAAGUUGUGAACAGUGGUCCAAAUGAUUAUAUCUUUAUCUACUACACUGAUCAUGGUAGUCCUGGUGAAAUUGAAAUGCCUACAGGUCCACCUGUCAUUGCUAAUGACCUGAAUGAUGUCUUGAAGAAAAAGCAUGCUUCUGGGACCUAUAAAAAGAUGGUAUUUUACUUAGAAGCUUGUGAGUCUGGAAGCAUGUUUGAUGGUCUUUUGGGGAAAGGUUUAAACAUAUACGCAACAACAUCAUCAAAGCCGGAUGAGCUCAGUUGGGCUACCUACUGUCCUUCAGAUGAUGGUGAGCCAUGCCUUGGUGAGUGUCCCCCCAAGGAUUACAAGCAUGUCUGCUUGGGAGACUUGUUCGGUGUUUCUUGGUUGGAGGAUAGUGAUUUGCACAAUCGGCGAGUUGAAACUUUGAAGAAGCAGUAUCGGCGGAUUCGUAAAAGAGUUCUAAAUAAUGGUCAUACAGAAGGUUCCCACAUCAUGCAAUAUGGUGAUUUACAUAUACAUAAGGAUGCUCUUUCUAGAUACAUGGGUUCUGAUUCUGGAAAACAUACUUCUACCAAUAACGACGAGUCAUCGAUACCGUCAAGGCAUGUUAACCAGCGCGACGUUCAUAUCUUAUAUCUAAAGUCCAAGUUCGAGGCUGCUCCUGAAGGGUCUACUAGAAAAAUGGAAGCUUAUAAGCAAUUAAGUGAAGCUAUAUCAGAAAGACAACAUGUAGACAACAGUGUAAGACAUAUUGGAGUUGUUUUAUUUGGAGUUGAGAAUGCUGCUGAGGUGCUAACCACUGUUCGACCUGCUGGACAACCCCUUGUUGAUGAUUGGAACUGCCUUAAAUCCUUUGUGAAGACGUUUGAGUCACAUUGUGGAUCGUUAACUACCUAUGGCAGGAAACACGUUCGUGCAUUUGCUAAUAUGUGUAAUGCUGGAAUUAAAAAGGAGGAACUGGAUGCAGCAACUAAACAAGCAUGUGCUCCUUAAUUUGGGAAUUAGAUUACUCAUGUAGCUUGUAAGAAGCAGUUUAAUUAAUCUGCGUACUGAAGCAAUGUAUUAAACAAUUAAUCUUCUAUAGUAAUAUAUUUUCCUGUUGUUGAGGAA